CUUCAAGAGGGCACUGAGGGCCUUCCAAUCGCAGUCCAGAUCUCAGCCCUGCCCUGGCAAGAUGAACUCUGUCUCUAUGCCAUGUCCGAGGCGGAGGCAGCUCUUAGGACUUGAUACACUCUAG